CCGUGACUCGGAACGGUUGCAGCGCACGUGCCGGAAUCCGUUGAAGGUUUUCGCAAUAUUCGCCAGAUUCGCCGAGUGCCUCGAUCUCGUGUGUGUUUUUGCGCAUCGAACGCAAACGUUUGCCAAGAAUUUAAAGAUGUUAAACACCCGUCGGGCAGUGCUGCGUUGUUUGUUCUAAUUGCGUCACGUAGAAAAUUGGUCACGGCUAGUCGGUCACAGUCGGUUAUUCCUGCGGGCAUUUCAAAGUGGAACCGUACUACGAAAUACUAGGGCAUCCGAAUCGAACCAGUUGGAAAGCGCAAAAUUAUUAAAAGGAAAACGAAAAGUGAAAUCAAGCGUUGAAACGGAAAACGAGGUUCGAUCGCCACAAUAAUUAGCAAAAGCGGACCAGCGGUGUGGGGCAACCCAUUGGACGGAAGUCCGUAAUCGUAACGGAAUCAUCGUAGCCGCGUUCGGUGCCGUGAUCGAUUAAACAAACGUCCAGCGCAACAGACACCACCAGCACAGCAAUGUCCUGGCGAUACGCGUAUCUGACCCACUACCGACAGAAUAACGACAAAAUGGCCGAUCAGACGACUGGUCGGCAGCUGCAGCGAAUCCUCCACUACUCGGUCACCCCGUGCCGGCCCAUGCUGGGCCUACGACGCUCCGAAUGUGCAUUAUACGACGUGGACUGUGAUGAAGUGUACCCAAGGCUGUACAUUGGCGAUGCAAACUCGGCCCGAAAUAAACAGUAUUUGCGAUUGAUCGGUGUCACGCACGUCCUCAACACGGCGGAAGGCACACGCUUCGGGCAGGUGGAUACCGGCCACAGCUACUACCGUGACAUGUCCGGCAUCAGGUGCACUUUCAGGUACAUGGGCUUCCCGAUGAUUGACCAGCCGUCGACGGACAUCAGCCGGUACUUUUACAUCGCGUCGAAGUUCAUCGAGAAUGGCAUCAACAGUGGUGGGAAGGUGCUGGUGCACUGCAUGAUGGGCAUGUCCCGGUCGGCGACGUGCGUGCUGGCGUACCUGAUGAUUGCCCGCAAGAUGUCGGCCACCGAGGCGAUCCGUACCGUGCGGAUGCACCGCGAUAUUCGCCCGAACGAAGGCUUCCUGCAGCAGCUGGCCGAUCUGGACAACGAGCUGAAGCGGGACCGCCUGUACUAUUGACUCGAGUGUGGCCAGCGCUUCAAGAAGAAAUAAUCAAGCCGCUGAUGAUGAUGACGUUGUUGAUGAUGAUCAUGAUGAGUGUAUUAAUACUAAACCGUUAACCCGAUAACUCACGACAGGCCCUGUGCCGGGCCAGGAUGGAAACCAAAAAGCAGCAAAAACCCUAGAAACACUCGGAGGCAGCUCUCUACCCAAUCAGAACCUACCGCAUGCGGUGGCAAUCGCAAUCAUCAAUCUCUCGCUCCUGGACUCGCCCUAUAAAUCAGACUGCGUGCGCCGCCGGCGGCUCUCGGACACGCGACACACCAGCAAACCCAAAGCGGGCUGCUGCGUGCGAAUGGGCGCAAGGUUUCACAUGCGUGCCAUCACAUCAGGGAAUAAUGAGACUUUUCUCUUGAGACACGACCCCCCCCCGGCGUCGGGCCGCCAUUGAUUCAUUAUCUCACCCUUAAAAGAUUCAUUCCGACGACGACGACGAAGGCGACGGUGGGCCAAAAACUGGAAGGAUGAAGGUGUUAUCGAGAAAUGCCGGCCACAAUCUGUCCGUGAUGUUUGAUACCCCCCGCGCAAUUAACGACAUUUCUUCGACGAGCUGGGUGGGUUGAGUUUAUUGUUUGAGUGCACAACGCACAUUCACACACACACACAUAGACACACAGACACCAGAUAUUUACAUUUGCCAGCGCCACCACAACGCCCGCCCGAUGAGUCCGUUCGGCACCGAUCUCGGUGACCGCGACGACGAAGAAGAGUUGGAAGAGUUUGUUUGUAAGAUUUAUGGGCAAAGAUUAUUCAUCGAUUCCGUGCCACGGCAGGAAUGUCACUUCAAGGACCCUACAUCAGUGGAAGAAAGAAAGCCAUUGUCUAUAGGCCAUCAUCAGGCGAUCCCGCGAACGACUCGAAUAGAGACAAACACAGCAAUAGCACUCGCGGUACCUACUCAGAACGAAUCAAUCCAGGGCAACGCAAACAUACCAGAACCGGUUAGCUGUUAGAGAGUCCUUUUGCUAAGAGUUCUUACAACACUUAGAAUGCCGCAACAUUAGCAGCAGGCAGGCUGUCCGCCGAUGUUCCAAUCUACCCACAGUCGCUCUGUAGCCCAUCGACCAAUAGACACCAGGUGCAGGAAAGGUCUUCACGGAUCUAGGAAAUGGUGGUCGUUUUCGAUAGACCAAAGCAAAUGAAAUCACGUUAUCGAGUCAAAGUGCAACCUUUACACUGAGCACACUAUAACCCUCUGCGAACCCAAGCUCGGAACGGACCGGUAAACGAUGUGAUGAAAGUAUUUUUCCCACAAAACAAAAAAAUGGGGACUCGAAUCGUAUUCGCGGAAGUACCCGGGUUUUUGUAAACCUCCAGCAGUAGUGUGUAAAAUUUUUAUUCUCAAAACCAUUGCCAUAC